AUGGAUCCCAACAAAAUCAAAAAUGCUUCGGAAGGUAUAGCUCCUAUGGGUAUAACGGCCCUUACCGAAACUAUUCUGACUAAUCAGCCAGAGUCAAGGUAUGAAUGUCCUGUAUGCCUAAACUGGCUAAGAGAUCCUGUCAUAACUACAUGUGGUCACAAAUUCUGUAAAUCAUGCAUUACAUCCUGGUUGCAAAAUAGUGGUCACUGCCCAAUUGACAAUAUAAAUCUCAGUAUGAAAGUUGACAUAUUCCCUGACAAUUACACUAAAAGGGAAAUACAAGAACAAAGAAUGUCAUGUCCAUUUGCUACUAAAGGUUGUGCAGUGAAAGUGACUCCAUUGGACUUGGACUCGCACAUAGCUAGUUGUGAGUUCAAUCAACCUGAAGCUUCAUCCCAAUCUCAAGUAAAGGUGCCAUGUUCUUUCAGUGCUGUUGGCUGCAAGGAGACAUUUGACACACAGGAAGAUAUGAAUGAACAUUUACAUACUGAUGUACAGACUCACAUGAGUUUUCUAAUGAACGCCUAUUCAAAGAUACAAAUCGACAACGACAUAUCAAAUGCAAGUAUGGACGCAAAGGAACAAGAAGCUAUGCUUCUAUGGGAGCCGUCCAAAGAUGGCGCUGCUAGUACGUCGCCACCAGUGAACAAUACCAGCGCACUUAUAAGGGCACUAUAUGAAAGGGUUGUGGUGCUUGAACAAAGGAAUCGUGAACUGGAUAUAGUAAUAGCCAACAUUUCAAAGCAGCUAUCAGCUUUUGCUGUCGCCAAAAUGAAGCAAAACAACGACUUAAUACUCCGAUACUGUAUGGGAAACUAUAUUUGGAAGAUAGACAAUUUUAAGGCUAGAUUAGAAGCAAUGCAGAAGGAUCAUUUUAAAAUGUUGUACAGCCCUGGCUUUUAUACUUCACCUAAUGGUUACAGAUUCUGCGUCCGUCUCAACAUAUCACCGCAGAACCCACAAUGUUUUGCAUUACAUGUGCAUUUAAUGAAAACCGAGUACGAUGACUGUUUGGAGUGGCCGUUCAAUGGGAGGAUAUCGUUUGCUAUGAUCAAUCAAUACAACCCGGAGCUCACACAGAGAGAUACAAUGAUGUCCAAUUCAACAUUGAUAGCAUUCAGGAAGCCAUCUACAGAAAUAUGUGUCCGAGGCUUUGGUUAUACCGAGUAUGCAGUGGUUAAUGAUGUUGCUAGGAACGGCUUCGUUAAAGAUGAUACUCUUAUUGUGAGAGUACAUAUAAAAUGUGUAUGA